UUCGCCUUCUUCGAGGCAUUAUGGGAGGCCGGUGUUACCCACUGCUUUGUCAAUCUUGGCUCUGAUCAUCCCUCAAUCAUAGAGGCAAUGGUCAAGGGCCAAAAUGAAAAGAAAGGCCAAUUUCCACGCAUCAUAACAUGUCCAAACGAGAUGGUAGCACUCUCUAUGGCCGACGGCUUCGCCCGCCUCACCCGCAAACCACAAUGCGUAAUCGUCCACGUCGACGUCGGUACCCAAGGUCUGGGAGCAGCAGUGCACAAUGCAUCCUGUGGACGCGCCCCAGUUCUCAUCUUCGCCGGGCUCUCCCCCUACACAAUCGAGGGCGAGAUGCGAGGAUCGCGCACUGAAUACAUACAUUGGAUCCAAGAUGUGCCCGAUCAGAAGCAGAUUGUACAGCAGUACUGCAGAUAUACUGGGGAGAUCAAAAGCGGGAAGAAUAUUAAGCAAAUGGUCAAUCGGGCGUUGCAAUUUGCAAGUAGUGAUCCGGCCGGACCGGUGUAUUUGUGUGGUGCUAGGGAGCCAAUGGAGGAGGACUUGACGCCUUACAGUCUGGAACAGGCGCAUUGGAAUCCUGUCGAGCCCGCGGCGUUGAGUGAGAGCGCUGUAAAGAGGAUUUCUGAAGCAUUGGUGGGGGCAAAGGAGCCUUUGGUACUUACUGGUUAUAGUGGACGCAACCAAGCUGCUGUUCCAGAGUUGGUAAAGCUUGCGGAUACAAUCAAAGGGCUAAGGGUUCUAGAUACGGGAGGAAGUGAUAUGUGUUUCCCAGCGGACCAUCGUGCGUGGUUGGGGCUGAGAUAUGGGAUUGAUGAGUCUAUCCGGACUGCUGAUGUGAUUCUUGUGAUCGAUUGCGACGUUCCCUGGGUUAACACUCUGUGCAAACCUUCCCCCGAUGCCCAAAUCUACCACGUCGACACAGAUGUCCUCAAACGCCAAAUGCCAGUCCACUACAUCGCAGCCCUGGCCCGCUACUCAGCAGACGCCUAUACAUCCCUCACUCAACUCAACAACUUCAUCUCCAGCUCUCCCCUCUCAGCUAAACUAAACACCUCCCUGUACUCAGCGAAAUGGGAUGCCCUCCAACAAGCACACACUCAGCGCCUAGCCACCAUCGCCAAGGCAGCAGAGCCCAAAUCCGAUACAUUCGGGACUGGGCACUUGUGCGCUACAUUACGGAAGCUAGUACCAAAGGACACCAUCUUCGCCAUAGAAGCAGUGACUAACACCGCUUUCGUAGCAGACAAUAUCCAAGCCACCCUCCCCGGCUCCUGGAUCAACUGCGGAGGCGGAGGACUGGGCUGGUCCGGCGGUGGAGCGCUGGGAAUCAAGUUAGCUAGCGAGUUUGAGGGGAAGGGAAAGUUCGUGGUGCAAAUCGUUGGAGACGGAACAUUCCUCUUCUGUGUCCCUAGCUCUGUGUACUGGAUUUCGCAGCGGUACAAGCUCCCCAUCUUGACUAUUGUGUUGAAUAACAAGGGCUGGAAUGCACCCAGGAGAUCAUUGCUGUUGGUUCAUCCUGAUGGGCUGGGAUCGAAGGCUACGAAUGAUGAGCUGAAUAUUGCGAUUGCGGGUCCGGAUUUCGCGGGGAUCGCGAAGGCUGCUGCGGGAGGGAAUCUAUUUGCUGGGAAGGUCGAUAAGGCGAGUGAAUUGCAAGAGCUGUUGAAGAAGGCUGUGGAGAGUGUGAGUAAUGGGACGAGUGCGGUUGUUGAGGCUGUUGUUGCACCUGGUUGUUAG